AUGGAGGCUUUCCAUUUCCUAUCCUUCACUCUGCUUCUGUUCUCUUGUUCCUUCUCAGCUGCCCUGAGAUACCCUGCCUCCCACCGGAACGAGAUCGGACCGGAUUCUAACACUCACUCCGUGAAUGGACAAGCUGAAAGACUGAUCCGGUCGCUCAACUUGUUCCCGAAGCACGAAGCCAACCUCGUCCUGAACGACCGGUUUGCAGCGAAAAAUGCUCCGGGAAUCACCGAGAAGCAGUUCAGUUUGAAUGUCACCGGCGGCGGAAAUGGCCCUUCCAUACAACAGUUUGGUCACUACGCUGGUCACUAUUCACUUCCCACCACCAAAGCCGCCAAGAUGUUCUAUUUCUUCUUCGAGUCGAGGGUGAACAAGAGCAAUGCCCCCGUGGUGAUCUGGCUGACGGGCGGACCGGGGUGCGCCAGCGAGCUCGCGUUGUUCUACGAGAACGGUCCGUUCCAGAUUAGAGACGACAUGUCUCUGCAAUGGAAUGAUCAUGGUUGGGACCAGGCAGCAAACAUAUUGUACGUUGAUCAGCCGACGGGGACAGGAUUCAGCUACACGACCGACGAUAGUGACAUCCGACGCAACGAAACUGACGUCAGCAAUGAUCUGUAUAGCUUCCUCCAGGAAUUUUUCAAAGGACAUUCCGGAUAUGUGAAAAAUGACUUUUACAUCACAGGAGAAUCGUACGCCGGCCAUUACAUACCUGCUCUGGCUUCCAGGAUUCACAAAGGAAACAGCGACAACGAAGGAAUCCAUGUCAACUUGAAGGGAUUUGCAAUUGGCAAUGGCUUGACUGAUCCUGAAAUCCAAUACAAAGCCUACCCAGAUUAUGCUCUUGCUGCAAAACUCAUCUCAAAGUCGGAUCACGAUUCGAUCACCAGCAACCUCGUUCCACCUUGCCAAUCCGCCAUUUCAGCUUGCGAUUUUGGAGGUGAAGAUGCUUGCACAGAAGCUUUCUCCACUUGUCAGGAAAUCUUCAAUUCCAUAAUGGAAACUGCCGGUUCGAUAAAUUACUACGACGUCCGAAAGCAAUGCGAGGGCUCGCUCUGUUACGACUUCUCUCGAAUGGAGCAGUUCCUGAGCGACGACAGAGUGAAAUCCGCGCUGGGAGUGAAGGACGUCGACUUCGUGUCCUGCAGCAGUGCGGUCCACAAUGCGAUGAUGGGAGACUGGAUGGUCGACUACGAAACCGGUAUCCCGAACCUGCUGGAGAACGGGAUCAAGGUGCUGAUCUACGCCGGAGAGUAUGACCUGAUAUGCAACUGGAUGGGGAACUUGAACUGGGUUAACGCCAUGAAAUGGUCCGGACAGGCAAAGUUCCAGGGGGCUUCGAUCGUACCGUUUGUGGCGGGAAAUGCAAAAUCAGGGGAGCUGAAGAGCUAUGGACCGUUGGCUUUCCUCAAGGUGUACAAUGCAGGUCAUAUGGUGCCCAUGGAUCAGCCCAAGGCUGCGCUGCAGAUGAUACAAGGAUGGAUGCAGGGGAAGAUCUAA